UCGGAGCCUUGACCUGGAACCACCACACGUGGCCCUCAGGUUUGUGCUUCUUGCCCUGGCAGCUUUCAUUUCACUUGCCCCUGAGCAAAUCACCAUGUCCGAGGCACCCCUGGCCAACACCUUUGUCUUCCUGGACCUGGAAGCCACUGGGCUCCCCAACAUGGACCCUGAGAUCGCCGAGCUGUCCCUGUUUGCCGUGCACCGCUCCUCCCUGGAGAGCCCAGAGCGCGACGAGUCCGGCACCCCCGUGCUGCCUCGGGUCCUGGACAAGCUCACACUGUGCAUGAGCCCGCAGCGUGCCUUCACAGCCAAGGCCAGCGAGAUCACUGGCCUGAGCAGCGAGUGCCUGGCGCGGUGCCGGAAGGCUGGCUUCAAUGGCGCCGUGGUGCGGACGCUGCAGGCCUUCCUGAGCCGCCAGGAGGGCCCCAUCUGCCUGGUAGCCCACAAUGGCUUCGAUUAUGACUUCCCCCUGCUGUGCACGGAGCUGCAGCGCCUGGGUGCCCACCUGCCCCAGGACACGGUCUGCCUGGACACGCUGCCCGCACUCCGGGGCCUGGACCGUGCCCACAGCCAUGGCACGCGGGCCCAGAGCUGCAAGGGCUACAGCCUGGGCAGCCUCUUCCGCCGCUACUUCCAGGCUGAGCCCAGCGCUGCCCACUCGGCUGAGGGCGACGUACACACGCUUCUGCUGGUCUUCCUGCACCGCGCCUCUGAGCUACUGGCCUGGGCCGACGAGCAGGCCCGCAGCUGGGCCCAGGUCGAGCCCAUGUACACACCGCCCGAUGGCCCCAGCCUUGAGGACUGAGCACCAGGGGCCCUGGGAUGCGCAUUCCGGGACGAGGCCCAGUUCCUCACCAUGGGCAGCACCAACCUGGAGCUGCUCAGGUGGGACUGCACGCAACCCGCAGUCCCCCUUCACCAGGCAGUUCCAGGUCCAGACAGCUGCCUGACCUUCCCAGACCCUGGCCACGCUAGUCCCACAGCCCUAGAACCUUCUCCCAGCCCCAUCCCGUCUGCAACUGUGCUCAGUGCAGUUUGCUGCUAUGGGCGCCUGUCCCUCAAUGUGUCCAUCAAUAAACUCCCUCAACUGCUCA